GGCGCCAACAUGCACCAUGCGGCCAAUUUAUCGUAAUCGAUAACAUAUGGUUGCUGGCAAGGCAAGAAACAAAUUGUAUAUAAAUAUAAAUAUAAGUUCGUAUUAAUUGAAACUAAGCAAAAUGAGUGCGCGACAUAGGGGCAAAUCCAAGCGUGGUGCUGGCGCAAGCUCUUAUCGUAAUGUCAAGUCAAAUCACAACUGCGAACGCAGCUUCGCCCAACAGGCCAAUGAACUGUCCAAUUGCAAUGCCACCGACAGCUCCGAGUCCGAUUCGUCAGUUGACAGUAUGGAUGGACUUGGACAUCCGCCAGAAUUUGCCGUAUCAAUGUGGGACCUCAAUCACUGUGAUCCGAAAAAGUGUUCGGGCAGAAAACUAGCACGUCUUGGACUGAUUUCUAAUUUGCGUUUGGGUCAAAAGUUUCCUGGACUUGUCCUUUCGCCAGUCGGUCAACUAUGUGUUAGUACACAGGAUCGCGAAAUCGUUGCUGCUUCUGGAGUAGCAGUUAUCGAUUGUUCUUGGGCGAAGCUAGAUGAGACUCCCUUCAACCGUAUGCGCAGUCCCUAUCCCCGGCUAUUGCCAUUUUUGGUGGCAGCAAAUCCAAUCAAUUAUGGAAAACCCUGCAAGCUUAGUUGCGUGGAAGCAAUAGCUGCAACACUCUAUAUAUGCGGCUUUAUUGAAGAAUCGCGUUGGUUUAUGGGUAAAUUCUCCUGGGGUCACGCAUUCCUUGAGCUAAACGAAAAGCUCCUUAAUGCAUAUGCAGCGUGCAAAGGCAGCGAUGAAAUUUUAAAAGUGCAAAAGGAAUAUCUAGAAGCGGAGCAAAAGGAGCGUGACAAGCCGAGGGAUCUAAAAGAGUUUUAUCCCACAAGCAGCAGCAGCAGUAGUGAGAGUGCAGAUGAUAACGAAGAACUAAAAUAAAUGUAAAAACGUAAUAUUAGUUU